GGGUGGCCCGGCGCGUCCAGAUGCGGCGGCGGCGGCGCGGAGCUCGGGCGGGCGGCGGCGGCGGCGGGAGGCGCCGGGAGACGCGCGACAGGUGUCCCACCCCUCCCGGCGCCGGAGCGGGGACUCGCCGGCUCUCACGGCAAAAUGAAGGACCGGCUGCCCGAGCUCCUGGAGCUGAGCCGGCACUAUGACCUGCAGUAUCCAGACGAGGACGAUGCUUUCGACUCGGCCCACGAGGACAUCGUGUUCGAGACCGACCACCUCCUGGAGUCCCUGUACCGCGACAUCCAGGAACUGCAGGUGGAAAACCAGCAGCUGCUGGCCGACGUGAAGCGCCUGGGCAAGCAGAACGUCCGCUUCCUCACGUCCAUGCGGCGCCUGAGCAGCAUCAAGCGGGACACCAACUCCAUCGCCAAGGACAUCAAGGCCCGCGGCGAGGGCAUCCACCGCAAGCUGCGGGCCAUGAAGGCGCUGAGCGAGACGGCCGAGGCCCAGCACGGCGCGCACUCGGCGGUGGCGCGCAUCGCCAGCGCGCAGUACAGCGCGCUCACCCGCGCCUUCCAGCGCGCUAUGCACGAGUACAACCAGGCCGAGAUGAAGCAGCGCCACAAUUGCAAGCUCCGCAUCCAGCGCCAGCUGGAGAUCAUGGGCCGGGACGUGUCCGGGGAGCAGAUCGAGGACAUGUUCGAGCAGGGCAAGUGGGACGUGUUCUCCGAGAACCUGCUGGCCGACGUCAAGGGCGCACGCGCGGCGCUCAGCGAGCUCGAGAGCCGCCACCGGGAGCUCGUGCGCCUGGAGAGUCGCAUCCGCGACGUGCACGAGCUCUUCCUGCAGAUGGCCGUGCUCGUGGAGGAGCAGGCCGACACCCUCAACGUCAUCGAGCUCAACGUGGAGAAGACCCUGGACUACACGGGCCAGGCCAAGGCGCACGUGCGCAAGGCCGUGCAGUACAAGAAGAAGAACCCUUGCCGGACCAUCUGUUGCUUCUGCUGCCCCUGUGUCAACUAGCUGGAGGCGUCGGGGGUCUACCCGCGCA